GGCAGUCACUAAAAAAAUACCGUACAAAACAUUUUGAGAAAAAUUCCGUCGCUUUUUAUUUGCUGUUGCUGUUAUAAAAAAUUCAAUUAUACUUGCUAAACUAACUGUUAAUCGGUUUCUACGGAGGGGCUUAUGCGUAAUUGGAGAGUGCGCGCAAAACGCGUGGUGAAAACGGAUUGGAAAACCAUUUUUCAUUCGCAGCAAACAGGCAAUGAGCGCGCGUGUGAGUGUGUGUGCCACAGAAAGUUGCAAGCAGCCUAGAGCUAAAUAGGCGUACGGUUGUUAAAUAUUCACCGUGCUCUCUCGCUUUAUGCAAUAACAAAAUCUGCAAAUUCCGCCAUUAGGCGCAAAAAUGUGAAAAAAGGGGGGCAAAAAAAAAACCAAUGGGAAUUUCUCAAUGUUGUGUCAAUACAGUGAGAGCGACGUACGAAAAGUCAAAAGCAAAGGAGAGGAGAAUGGAAUAACACAAAAAAAGAGCUGAGCCACAGCAAAGAAGCAAGAAGAAACGCGAAGCAGGCUCUAAAAGAAAAAUCGAAAUAAUAAAAAAAAAACACGCACGCAUGUGUUGGUGUGUGUGAGCGAGUGAGAUUCUGUGCGCGUGUAAGUGCAAAUGUGUGUGUGAGAGAGUGAAACGUAUAAAUAAAAUUCAGCCAAAUGCAGAAGCCAACAACAAAAUGGAUAACAAAACUACACAGUUGGAUUUUAAAUUACUGGUGGAUCAAUCACUAAAUCUACUGGACACCCUCAACACGGCAUUGCGGUGCGAUGCUAUUCAAUUCUUGCUGCAGACGCUUAAGUGCAAAUACCCGGAGGCCUGCGACCAAGUCGUCAGGAAUCUGUUCAGUCACAUAGCUGCGGCCAAUGACAAUGGCGAGGCUGGAGGCAGGGCGCAGCAGCAUGAGCUAGCGAGGACGAAGCAGCUCCAGCUGCUGCUGACCGCCAAGAAGGAGAAGAAGGAACUGGGAAUCGGUCGCGAAGCGGAGAUAAAGCGAGAGAACGAAGAGGAGGCGGGCUCGACGGAUCUGAACCAGAAUUUCGAGAAGAUACCCUGCAAAGAGGAGUUCCUGUGCCUCGAGGAGGAGGAGGAGGACUUUCUCGACGAUGGUGACACGCAGAACUCGUCUUCCCUGCAGUUCCACACCGGCAACAAUGUGGACGCCCUGGCCCUGGGCCCUGGCGAUCCGCUGGAGCUGAUCCAGUCCGGAGUUUCGCUGCUGGUCAAGCGGAAGUAUGCUGCCACCUUCGAGGACGAGGACCAGCUGGGCGGUGAUGCGGAUGGGAAUGGUGAUGAGACCAACAGCAACAGCAGUGACGGUAAGAUGGUCAAGCGAAUGCGCACCAACAACAUGCACCUGACCGUGUCGAGUGUGCGACGGAAAGAGGAGCACGGCCAGUUGGGCGAUGGCUAUGUCUUCCACGAGGACAGCCAGUAUACGAUGCGAUAUCACCACAGCACCGGCGAGUUCAGCGAGCGGGCCUUUAAGGCCCAGUUCCGGGCUAUGCUCCGCCUGGCGCUCAGUCAGCACUACAAGCCCUUUCUCCGCCAGUUCUACGAGAACUUUGUUGUGAAUGGACGCUUGCUGGGGACCACGCCCUCGAUGCGGGUUCUGAAGGAGCUGCGCGAGCAGCGGCUGGAGGAGUGGCGUCGUCAGCGGGAACGCCGCCAACUGGUCAUCCUGAUGGAGCAGAGCGAGAUUCAGCGGGACGAAGAGUUUCAGCAGCAGCAGGAGCAGCUGCAGAACCAGGAGGAGGUCCAGCAGGAGCAAGAACAGCAGCAGCAGCAGUUGGAGGAUAUUCAGCAGCAGCAGCUGGAGGAGAUUCAGCGGCAGCAGCAAUUGCCGGCCAUCUCGUUUGGCGACUCCGAAUUGGAGUCUGAAACGGAAUCGCAGCUUUCGUCGGCUGCCCAAGAGAUUAUGAAGUUCGAGGAGUUCAUUGACGAGGGUGUAGGCGCUGGUCGUCUGAUCGAUGGUCUGGAGAUGGAACCCGAGAUCGAUGACAUGCUAGCUGGCGCCGGCAGUAUGAACAGCGCCAGUGGACACAGCAGCAACAGUAGCAGCAGCGGAAGUGGGAGCGCCGGUAAUGGGAAUGGCAUCAACGGGGUGAUCCUGGAGAACAAUAGUCAUCAUUCGCAUCACCUAAGCAGCAGCAGCGCAAAUCUUGUGAUCAACGGCCUUACGUCAAGCAAUAGCAUCAGCAACAAUAAUAAUAACAGCAACAAUAUCAGUCUACACCGCCCUCAACUGACGCCACAGGCACAGAAUCAGCUGGCAGUGUCGAUGAAACCAUCAGACCAUAUGCCCAUGUCGAUGCCCAUGGAUAACAGGGAUUUGAAAGCCGUGCAGGCGGCGGCUCAUGGGACUACCAACGCCAUCAUGCAGGGCGGUAGUUCCAGCCUCACCAGCCAGCUUCAUCAGCAGCAAAAACACUACAACUCAAGCAAUAAUCCGCUGUCUAUGAUGGGUGGAAUGAUGCAGCAGCAGCAGCAGCAUGUUGGUAUGCCGCACCAGCAGCGCCAGAUGAUGAUGAUGCCAGAGGAUUUCCCGCAACACGGAGCCUCAAUGAUGAACAGUCGUCAGAUGCCCGCUCUGGCCGCCUUGUCGAACCUGGGCGACACACCUGCUGUGAGUGGCCAGCUCAACUCCUCCCUAGAGCUGGACGAUAAUGACCUGUCGGCGGAUGAGGACGACGACGAUCUGGACCAUGACCUGGACGAAUUAGACGCGGCCAAGCAACAACUAAUAGAUGGCGGCAGCAGUAGCAGCACAUCGCUCCAGGCGCCACCAUCGCAGCACGGCAGCGGUAGUGGAGGAAGUGGUGGCCUGACGCCCGGUAGCAAAAAGGACAAGCCCAGUUACAACUGCCUGCUCUGCCCCAAGUCGUAUCGCAAGCGAAAGUCCCUGCUGGACCACUACAAAAUGCAUCCGGGCUACUGCCACGACUGCGGUCAGCGCAACGGGAACACGCUGGAGGAAAUAAUCCACCACAACCGGACCAUGCAUGUCAAGGAGUUUCCGUUUGUGUGCGAGACGUGCGGAGAGUCGUACUCCCGCAAACAGCAGUUCCACGCACACGUGGAGUCGCACAAUAAGAAGGAAAUCAAAACCUUUCCCUGCGGCGAGUGCGGUCUUAAGUUUCCGCAAAAGAAACUGCAGCAACACUUCGAGGAGACGGGCCACAAGGCGGACGGCGCUAUCUGCGAGGUGUGCGGCGAGGAGUUCCAGUCGAAGAAUGCACUGUACCAGCACAUUAUUCGUGUGCACAAGCGCGACAACUUCUUCGAGUGCCACAUUUGCCAUAACCGCUUCACGCUGAAAGCCAACCUGGAGCGGCACGUCCAGCUGCACACCGAGAUCAAACGGCCCUACGUGUGCGAUCUGUGCGGCUCGUCGUACUUCACAUAUCCCGCACUCAAGGAGCACUACAGCAACGCCCACGUAGACGUAUCCGAGUGCAAAUGCACGCUGUGCGGCAAACGCUUCGGAUCGGCCAAGUCGCUGCAGCGGCACCUGCCGUCGCACUCGGAGGAGAGGCCGCACUGCUGCAACUAUUGCGAUCAGACCUUCAAGUGGAAAACGCAUCUGGUGCGCCACAAGCAGACGAUGCACGGAAACGAGCCGCCUCCGCCUAAGAAGGGAAAGCAGCGCUUUCCCAAAACAAGCGAAGAAGCAGAUAUGGGUAGCCUACCGGACAUGCCGGGUCCACCGCCUGUGAAGGCCAGCAAGAAGGCAGUAUCCAGCAAGGCAAAAGCGCAGGCAGCGGCCGCCGCAGCAGCAGCAGCAUCAUCCCAGCAACAACAACCGAAGGGCUCUGCAGCCACGCCGACUCCGCCGCCGCCGGUCUCCACCACACCGGGAUGCCUGCAACAGGAUCAAUUCAAUGCGGCCAUGGUUAGCAGCAACAGCUCGCAGUCCUCCACGGCGUCCACGUCGCAGCACUCGGUGUCGACGAGUGAAUCUCAGCAGAAUUCCAUAUACAAUCAGAGCUUUAAUGCGGAGAAACAGCAGCCAGGACAGCAGCAGCCCCAAAAUGCCUUGCAUCAGCAACAUGCAACGCCGCCACCGCCGCAGCAGCAACAACAACAGCAGCAGCAACAGCAGGCGCCGCCACAGUCACGAGUUGCGCCCGGAGAACUACAUCUGCAGCGGAUGAAUAGCUUCGGCCAGGACGGACAAUUUAACUUUGAGUCCAAUCCGGCAGCUGGUGCCUAUCAGCAGCAUCAACUGAUCAGCCAGUAUCAGCAACAACAGCAGCAGCAGCCGCAGCAGCAGCAACAACAUCAUCUCGCCCAACAGCAGCAGCAGCAUAUGAGAAGUCACACGCCCCAGAGUCCACAUCCUCCGCAUCCUUCGCAGCUUCAACAACAGCAGCCCCAACAGCACUUUAGCUCUCCGCACCACAUGCCGCCAAUGCACCAUCAACACCAGCUGAUGAUGCAACAGCAACAUCGCCACAACCAGCGCUCGCCGCUUCACCAUCAUCCUGCGGCGCAGCAGCUUCAGCAGCAGCAUCAGCAACCAUCGCAUUCCCCACAGCAUCAGCAUGCGAGACUGCAGUCGCCACAACCUGCUCCAGUACAACAACAACAGCAGCAGCAGUUUCUGCAGCAACAGGCUGCCGACACGUGGGGCAACAUGAACUUUGGCAAUCCGCCGAACAAUCAGCAGGUGGAGCUCAAGGAUAACAAAUUCUAUAUUGUGGAAUCGGCCGAGUUCCUAGGUCUUUCAAUGAAUGUGCCGCCAACUCCGCAGCAGCAGCAACAGCAAGCAGUAAGCAAACCCCAGCAGCAGCAGCAGCAGCAACAACACCCACAACCGCAGCAGCCAGAUCCAACCCUUGCUAGUGAUCUGAUGAGCUUCCAGCAUAUGUGGCCGGCGCCUGGUUUUAGCCAGACUUCACAGCAGCAGCAGCAGCCACAGCAGCAACAACAGCAGCAAGCGACGCAGCAGCAACAACAGCAGCAGCAGCAACAACAGGCGCAAAAUCAGGCAAACUCAAGUGAUCCCCACAACUACAACAACAUCGGCAGCAUACUAACGAAUCUCAUUGACACAAAUCCCGCGCCAAUGGAGUACAACUUCGAUCUGAUGCAGCAGCAACAAACGCCGUCAGCCCAACAGCAGCAGCAGCAGCAACAACAGCAGGCGGCGCAGCAGCAACAUCACAGUGCCGGUGCAUAUGGGAGCGGCUUGAUGCGCAGCGGAGGCGGCGUUUACGGAGGCGCCUACGAGCAGCACUUGAGUGACCAGCUGGUCAGCGAGCAGCAGAAACAGAACAGCUUUCAACCCUACCACCCACAUGGCCUGCAGGCGCAGCAACAGCAGCCACUGCAUCCGCACCCCCAUCUGUUACCCCCGCCAGCGCCGCAUAGCAACGUGUACGAUCGCACGGGAGUUGGAGUCGGUGUCGGAGUGGGCGUAGGCGUGGGAGUGGGCGUGGGCUAUCCGAUGCUGGGAGACGAUACCAAGGGCGUGCUGCCGCCCAUGAUGGGCGGCAUGAUGCAGCAAAUGCCGCCGCACGGCCAGCAACCGGAUCUAAUCUACUACCCAGUGAAGAACGAUUGACAGUCGAAGCAACAUCAGCAGGCAGCCGCCCAGCAGCCGAAUCACCUUCACCACCAUCGCUGGUGGACGGAGCCAGCCAAGAGAGGCGAUGUUUUUCAUUGAAGAAACAACCGGAAACAGGAAAACAGGAAACGGAAUACGGAACAAUUUCGCUUAGAUUGUAAGUUUAGGGAGGGACGGUGGAUGUGUGGAACGCGAGGAGUUGUGUAGAUAGGGCAGUCCACACAUUUUUUUUUGAAAUUAAGAGCAAUAACAUAAAGAUUAGAGCGGAAUGAGCUCAGAAUAUCUAAUCCGACCGGCGCUAUGAUACGUGUAUAAAAAAAGUAAUCAUUUACAAAGUACAUCAGAUAAAGAGAAGCAUGUAUACAUAAAUAAAUUCAGACAUAUACAUAGUAGCACCUAAGCGAGGCGAGGCGAGAGCAAGAAUUAAAUUAAACCCUAUAAAUAAUAAAUAUACAUAUAUAAAUUAUAUGAAGCAUAUAUAUUAGGCUAAGCAACUAUAUAAUAAUGGCAGACAGACCACAACCACAAGAAACUUUCGAACAAAUCUUAUGCUUAUUUAACAUUUACCAUACGAGUUAUGAACGCAACGCAGCAGCAGCAACCACAAAUACAAAUACGCGUGCGUUUAUGUAUAAUCAAAACAAUCCAACAUUAUAUCCGUACAUACGAUAUCUAUGUAAAUCUCGAGAGAGAGACGCCCAAGUUGUAGAUGAGAUGAUUGAUUUUAAUCGCAAACAAAUCGCAUCACAAACGGAGACGAAAGAUAGAUAGAAAACAAAAGUACACGACGCUUUGACCACACAAAGUUGUAACCAUAUCAUGAGGCCUCUUCCCCCGUAUAAUUAAUUGUAUUUUCGAUAGUGCUUGUUAUUUUCUAUUUAGUUAACGAAUUGAUUAUACUUACGAAGCCUUUCUGCUGAUUACCGCCAGCCACACUUUUGUUAGAUUAGUGCCUAAGUCUAGUUGAUAUCCCAAUGUAUACCCCGACAUUUUGUGGCUUUUUACACCCAAACCUUGUAUAGCUACUCAAUAGCAUUUCCGAUUUAAUUGAAGCUCCCCCAUUCUACCAUUCUAGAUGUACAUCUACAUAUGUACACCCGGUUUAUUCAAUAUAUCUCGAUGAAUUUCCUUAUAUUCAAGACACAGGCCCCCAAAAACAUUUAAGUUAAUCACAGCGUUGUUCUUGUUUUACACAUUAUUAAAAUUCAGCAACAUAAGAAUUUUACAUUUAAGUGAAAGUUUAAAACGUUAACUGUGUAAGCAUACUUUUAUGAACAAAACAAAAGCAACAAAAAAAAGUAAGAAAAGAAAAGAGAACGAAAAAUGAAAUCAACAAACUUCACUAAAAUUAGGUUUGUAUUCUGGAUACAAAAAAAAAAAAA